AUGGAGGUCGAGAUUUGCAUGAACGGUGCCUGCAAGAAUGGCUCUGGCAGAGAGUGGAAGAAAGGGUGGCCUCUGCGAUCGGGUGGAUUCGCCAAGCUCUGCGAUAAGUGCGGAUCUGUUUAUGCCAAUUCAAUUUUCUGUGAAAAAUUCCACCUACAUCAGACUGGCUGGAGAGAGUGCGAGUUUUGCAACAAGUCAAUUCACUGCGGUUGCAUUGUAUCAAGGUUUACUUUUGAGUAUCUUGAUUUUGGCGGUAUAGGUUGCACAACUUGCUGUGUGAAGGCUUCCCAACUUCCUUCGAUGCAGGAGACUGGAAACUCUAUUAGGUCUGUUAGAUCAAUAAAAAAUAGUGCAGGUGAUAGUCAUACUGAACAUAUUGAUGAUAGACUAUUCAAUGAUGGGUCUAGCAAAGGAAAACUUAUGCAUAUGCGUAGAAUUGUUGACGGUGGAGAGUCCAGCCAUAAGCCUCAAGCUGAGAGAGGUGACAUAGAUUCAUGUAUUGGUCGAAACAGGGAAGACAUAAGAUUUUCAAAUGUGAUGAAACCGUCUAAUCAUUCAUCAAAAUUUACUACAUUAGAAGAUAAUGGACCAACAUGGGGGACCAGAAGUUUGCAGAGGUCAAGUCCACUCAAUAUUUCUCGGGGAGCCUCAUCAGGAAAAUCUGUCUUGCCUUCUGGUUUAGAGAUUGUAGAAGGGAGAUUUGAGGGUAAAUCAUCAUCUUCUUCCUGUCAUCAAGGACAAAGACCUGUCUCCAUACUGCCUAAACCGAUGAACGGGAUAACUAUGAAUAUGGAAACAAGCCAUGGCAUGAAUUCCCAUGAUCGUGUUGCCCGGCCACCAGCUGAUGGAAAAGGCAAGAAUAUGUUACUGUCUCGAUACUGGCCCAGGAUUACUGAUCAAGAGCUAGAGCAGCUGUCUGGAGAUUUGAAGUCUACUAUAGUGCCUUUAUUUGAGAAGGUACUGAGUGCCAGUGAUGCAGGUCGAAUUGGCCGUCUCGUUCUUCCAAAAUCAUGCGCUGAGAUCCCUAAUUAUGAGCAUGAAUUUCAGGCUUACUUUCCUCCUAUUUCACAAUCAGAAGGUCUUCCUUUGGAAAUGAGAGAUGUGAAGGGGAACGAGUGGACAUUUCAGUUUAGAUUUUGGCCGAAUAACAACAGUAGGAUGUAUGUCUUAGAGGGAGUAACCCCCUGCAUGCAGACCUUGCAACUAAAUGCUGGAGAUACUGAAAAAGAAGAAGUGAGAGCGGACUAUUGGGCUGAAAUGCAACGAGCUCUGAUCCACCACUUCUUGGAUGCCUCUACUACCUCCAAUGUUUUUUCAACAAAGGAGACAACCUUUUCUGGUGCAUCUGCAAAUAUUCAAUCAGGAAAUAGUUAUUGUGAUCUUCUGCAGACAAGGAGAGGGAAUGGUGAACCUUCCUUAAAUGGAUCAGAACGUUUUCGUUUGGGUACUGGAAUUGCUGAUUAUCAUAAAACUGAAAAUUUUGAGAUGGCAAACAACGAUUUGGUGCAACAACCAAGCUUAGUUUCAGAGAAGAAUCAAAAUAUUGGACAUGUGAGUAAGAGGUCGCUCAUACAUAAUGACGAUGUCAUGGAGUUGAGAGUUACAUGGAAAGAAGCUCAAGACUUGCUUUGUCCGGCGCCUAGUGUCAAACCCAGUAUUGUAACAAUUGAGGACCAAGAAUUCGAGGAAUAUGAGGUAAGUGUGAGUGACACUGUCAUGGUUGUGCAUCUUGUAAUUGUAGUGCUUUGCUAUUUCAAGGAACCCCCGGUUUUUGGAAAGACAACUUCAACGAAUGCUCACUCAUCUGGGUCUUCCAGCUUUGCGUCGAAGGAAAUGAGUCCAAAGGAUUUAGAAAGUAUUCUGGUAACCAUUAGAGAAGUUUUGGAUGAUGAUCUUGUUGACCCUACCUAUUCAUCAGCUGGAGCCACCGCCAAACAUUCAAGGCAUCGUUCUGGAUGCACUUGCAUUGUGUGCAUUCAACCCCCACGUGGAAGAGGGAGACAUAGAACAGCAUGCGCUUGCCCUACUUGUGUGAUGUAUAAGAAGCAACGCCAAUCAAAACAAGAAGCAAAUGCUACCCAAAAAGAUCAUAUUUAUCACGGUGAUCAGGGAGGUGGUGCAAGUCUCAUGGAGAAAGAGGGAAGCAUAAACAAAAGUUGUCUUAAGGUGGGUGAAAUCAGGGCAGGACAAAUAGACCUCAAUAGUCUUCCCAGCCAUGAUGAUGACAUGCAAGUGGAUGUAUGA